AUGAAGGUGGAGAGGGAGGAAGCAGGUUUGUGCAUGUGCUUGGGACUUCUUGAAGGCUCUUUACCAUUUCAGAUUUUAGAAUAUUUAAUCAUUCACAUUUCGUAUGAAACAGAAGAACAGUCAGAAGGAUUUUCUACAUUGGGAGGGAUACUUGUGAUUUGUGUGGACAUUGAAGAUUCUCUCCAGCAUGUGAAUCAGUCCCACUGUACAACAACUAUUUCAGCAAAAGGUGAUUUCUGCUACAAACUUCUCAGUGGUCAGAUGUGCAGAGAAAUGGAAGGUUUGCUGCCUGUAUGUCACAGCAAGAACCAGAGUGGAAAGGGAUGUCCCCAUGAAUGUAUACACACCAUGCCUUUUCAGAUCUCCUUUGAGGUCGAUGAGAAAGCUGGAAUUAUCAAGGAGGAUUGUUUAUCACUGAAGCAGUUCAUCCACCGGAUCAGCCUUCUGCACACCACAAUCAAAUUUCAUUACUGUGUAAAAGUGAAUGGCUCCACUUCUGCUGAGACCUAUAACACAGAGAGGGGAGCCAUCACAUGUUUGCCAAGUGAGAUAAGACUACUGAGUGACAGGAAUCAUUUUGUGAGGUCCGUAGCCAGGGAAGUGAUCUUGUCUUGUGACAAAAUCCACCCCAAGACAGGUGAGCCAGUUGGCCUCUUAAUCCCAGAUGAAGUAGCUGAAAGAGACUUCAGUGGAGAGCUGAAGCUCAUGCCUGUCGUAUCCCUGUGUCCCUGCCAGAAACCAUUCCCUAACAAGCCAGCACAGAUUGCUGCUCAAUAUAUCUUUGUUUAUGACCCAGCAGGCCUGCCUGUAUUGUUCCCCACAAAGGGGGCAUCAUGUUCUUUCUUUAAAGAUCCAUCAUGCCUAGCAGCGUGGGAGAGAUAUGGCUACCGGGCAACACUGAAUUCAGAUCCCCAUUGGGAGGAAGAUACUGCAAAACCUGAUGUCAGAUACAAGCUGCGUGCCAGCCACAAACAGGACCCAGAUACUCAGGAACAAACACUGCUGCUCUUCCUCUUUCUCGCUUACUCAGAUCAGUUUAAUGACAAGACAGUCUACAGUUUCUGGGACCGGCGAGUAAUCCUGUCACAUCUCUCUCCUAUUCUCUUGUGCAGCGAGCAAGCUGUGAAAGGCGCCAUCCAAGGAGUAGUCAGUGGGAUCCUGGAGCAGCACCACAAAGUGACCCAAGAACAGCAGAAACUGGCACAGUCUUUGCCCAUCAUGACAGAUGCCAUUUCCAGUAUAGUUUCCAGCAGCACUGACAGCGAAUUCAGAAGGAAGUGCCUUCAAACUUUGCAGGUUGCAGAUACCCAGGCGCUCCAGGUAACCAUCAAAGAGGCCUUCAACAAAGUCAUUCUUCAACAACAGAAACCCAGCAGCACAUGUGACAUCAGAAAGGCAAGUUUCUCUGCUUAA